GAAAGCCAUCGAUUUAAUGUUAAGUAGUUUUUAGAAAAUACAUAAUCAAAGUAUUAAGGUGUGAUUCAUAUAUAUUAACUUGAUAAUUAGUUUGUAUUGUUUAGUUUAGCACUUCAUGAAGUCGAGCCUCAGGUAAAUUAUCGUUUGUGAGAGUACCUGCCUGGUAGGUACCUAAAAGUCGAAUAAUCGAUGGGCCAAGAGAUUGCACCAACGAAGUUAAUAAACAAUUUCUACCUGACUGAUAAAAAAGAUUUUUUAACAGAGUAUAUAAGUGGCUGUUAUCCUUUUCUUAGCAUAGUUUCGAUAAGACUUCGAACGCUACACACUUCUUUAGAUAAUAGAAAUUUAAUUAUCGGGUUUAAAAAAUGAGUCAACGACAACUGCAGUCAGUCUAUCUCAAUCAGAUCAUUCACGACAUUAGACCUCUAUUCACCUAUAUCAUCAGACCACUGCUACGUGCAGCAGUACUUCUGAUCACAUUCUGUGAUCUUGGACCAAAAACCUUGGAUAAUCGCGCCUUUAAUUUUGUUAAGGUAAAUCGUCGGCAGAAACGAUUGCCACUGAAGCAACUGCAUCAGCUGAUAGAGCUGAAAGAGAGUAGACAAGCAGAGCUGAAGAAAGAUCAAAAAAUGAAACAAAAGUUUGAGAAAAAGGAAAGGAAGCAUAAAAAACUAGAGCAUCAACAGCUCAAACAGCAACUAGAACUUAAAGAUAAAAAGUUUCUGCAGAACAAGAAACGUCAAGAAUCGUUGAAACAACAACGCGAAUUGAGAAAGCAACAACAACGAGAGAAAAAACAGCAUCAACAGGAAUUACAAAGAAAACAAGAGCACAAACUGAAGCAACAACAACAGUUACUAGAACAGCUUGAAGAGGACAACUUGCUAAGCAACCAGUUACUUAAAUUAGAAGUCCAAUCUGAUAAAAUCGAUGAUAUUAAAAAGGAUGUCGUCACACCUUUAUUGCAGUUUGCCAAGCUUAAUUUGUCGGAGGCCGAGUUUGUUAAACAUUUACAUCGGUAUAUUAUGGAACCGGGUUUAUUACGUCUCUAUGGUUACCCAACGGAGAGCAGCACUCACAGAGAUUGCAUCGAAAUUUUUAAGUAUAUACCUCAUCAGUUUGGCUUACGAGAGAACAACUCAAGCGAAUCGGAUAGCAGUAGCAGUACACCUUCAAGGAGCUCGGAAUCUGGAAAUAGCAGUUUAACAGCAAUGGACUGCGAUUCUACUGAAAUAAGUGAAGGUGAAGAAGAUGUAUUCGGAGAAACAAAGAAAAUUUGCGCACGAUGUGUGCGUUCGUUCUACAUUAACGUUUCCGGUGAAUAUUUAAGCCAUGAAAGCUGCACCUUUCACCGGGGUAAGCUAAACGGUACAUAUAGCGAAGGUGGUUAUACCACACAAUACACCUGCUGUUCGGGUUCUAAGGAUUCGGAAGGUUGUGAACAUUACCCACAACACGUAUGGACCGGUGUUGUCAGUGGCAUAAAUGGGCCGUACAAUGAUUUCGUACACACACUUCCACGCUCUAGUAAAACGCCUGCUACAUUCAAAGUGUAUGCGUUAGAUUGUGAAAUGUGUUACACUGGGCAUGGACUCGAAGUGACCAAGGUAACAAUUGUUGGUUACGAUGGUAAAGUGGUGUAUCACCAUUUUGUACGGCCUACAAGUAAAAUUGUAGAUUACAAUACGCGAUUCUCGGGUGUAACCGCAAGUGACCUAUGUAAAACUCAAAACAAGAGUUUGAAGACUUUAAAAGAAGUUCAAGGGGAUUUGCUGCAACUGAUCGAUGCCGAUACUAUACUCAUUGGUCAUGGCUUGGAAAAUGAUUUGCGUGUGCUGCGGAUUGUACAUAAAAAAGUCGUCGACACAGCUUACGAGUUCCUGCACCCAUUAGGUUUUCCAUAUCGCCGUUCGCUUAAGAAUCUGACUAAAAAAUAUUUAAAGCGUGAAAUUCAAUGUGGCAACGAGGGUCACGAUAGUUUGGAAGAUACGCAAGCAUGUUUGGAGCUGAUGAUGUGGAAAGUACGUAAAUACAUUGGCCUAGCAUAAUUAGGUUAUAUAUAUAUAUAAUAUAUUAUAUUGAUCAUUUAGUUGUAAGAAAUAAAAACAAUAUCAUAUUUAAAGUUGUUAUUAUCGUUAAAAUUGUUUUCUGAAAAAUAUAAAUCUAUUAAGUUUCUUAAAUUGAAAGUUUUAUUUAGCAUAGUUAGAAUGAUUAGAUUAAGGUUAAAUAUGCUCCGAUUUGUAAAUGGUCUUUCAUCACAAUUAUAUCCUUUUACUAAAAUUAUAUAAUACAUAAUUCAUAAGGUAACUCUAAAAAUAAUUUUCGCAAAAUCUAAAGAUAUUGUCUGUAAAAUGUUUAAUGUUGAUACAUAAAAAUUUAAGCGAACAAAAUUGUUUCCCAGAUAACCAAGAAAAAAAGCUACAAGUCCAGAUUAAAGGAUUACAUUACCCAAUCACGCACAGGUAGUCGCCUACGAAGUAAGGAGGGAAUAGCCCAAAAAAUAAGAUAAAAGCGAUAAGCCGAAGGAUCAAGCCAAACGUAGUUAAAUUACCUUGAUCAACUUUGUUACCGGUGCCUACCUGCAACCUAUAAAAGAAACGACAUUCCUUUCGAAAAUCAAGUACGCAAUAUCUCGGGGAAACCAAAGAAUUUUUAACCCAAAUACCGCAGCUCUUACCUUGUUUAUACUAUAAACAAAGUAUAUUAUGUUAUUUGUAACAGCCAGAAGGAAACGUCGAAGACGCUUUUAAAUAUAGCAUAUAUUUUAAAAAGACCAGCGUGACGAGCUGAGUCGAUUUAGCCAUGCCCGUGUCUGUCUGUAUAUAUACGAACUAAUACCUCAGCUUUCAAGAUAUCAGUGUGAAAUUUUGAACACGUCCAUUUCUCUUUUGCUGAAACCGCCGAUAGCCGACCACUAUCUCAUAUAGCUGCCAAACAAAGUGGCCAACCCAAAUCAGGCCCUUGUAUGAGCAACUUUUCGAUUUGACAAGAUAUCCGUACGAAAUUUGUCAUGGAUUAUUGUCCAAAACAACGCAACUACAAGUAUCUCCAAAGAAAUUGUUCGACUAUAGCAUAUAGCUGCCAUAAAAACUGACCGAUCGAAUUAAAGCUCGUGUAUGGAAAACUUUAGUGAGGUUAUUUCUUUCGAGGAAACGGAAGUGAAUGAUUAUCGAAAAACCUCGCGUGGACAGCGCAUAACGAUAUACUGACGCAAACUACUAUGUGUAAAAGUUUAAAAAUGGAAUCCACAUGUACAAUCCACAUCUAACUCAGUCGUUAAGUAUUACCAAUUAAAACCAUACGCUAAUAUUUGCAUAAAAGUUGUAGCUUAUUAAUUAUAAACAAAUAUUUGCAAACAAACUAUUCA